GUCCCGCGCAUGUGCAGUAGCCCUUUCGCUCUCGGUCACUGGCUGCUCCUGUGUCGUUCGGUUGGAAAUUGGGAAGCCUCCCUCCCGGUCGGUGUGUGCGCUCUUCAGAGAUAAAAUGGAAAUUCCACCAACUUAUGCAGAUCUUGGAAAAGCAGCCAGAGAUGUUUUUACCAAAGGUUAUGGAUUUGGUCUAAUAAAACUUGACUUGAAAACAAAGUCAGAAAAUGGACUGGAAUUCAUAAGCUCAGGUGCUGCCAACAUGGAUACAGGAAAAGUCACCGGGAGUCUGGAAACAAGGUUCAAGUGGGUGGAUUAUGGACUGACAUUCACUGAAAAAUGGAACACUGAUAAUACUUUGGGAACUGAAAUUACCAUUGAAGACCAGCUUGUGCAAGGCUUGAAGAUUGGAUUUGACUCUUCAUUUUCACCAAAUACUGGAAAGAAAAGUGGAAAAAUCAGGACUGGUUACAAAAGGCAGCACAUCAACCUGGGACUCGAUGUUGACUUUGACAUUGCUGGGCCUGCUAUACGUGGAGCCUUUGUGUUUGGUUUUGAUGGCUGGUUAGCAGGAUAUCAGAUGACCUAUGAAACUGCAAAAUCUAGAGUCUCGCAAAGUAACUUUGCUGUUGGUUACAGGACAGAAGAAUUCCAGCUCCACACAAAUGUGAAUGAUGGUACAGAAUUUGGAGGCUCUAUUUAUCAAAAAGUCAGCGAAAAUCUUGAAACUGGCAUCAGUCUAGCUUGGACAGCUGGGAAUAGCAACACUCGAUUUGGUAUUGCAGCAAAAUACAUGAUUGAUAAUGAUGCAACAUGCUCGAUUAAAGUGAACAAUUCGAGUCUCAUUGGACUUGGAUACUCUCAAAUGCUGAAACCAGGCAUUAAGUUAAACCUUUCAGCCCUGCUGGAUGGCAAGAAUAUUAAUGCUGGUGGACAUAAACUUGGUCUUGGAUUUGAGUUUGAAGCAUAAUCCUGGAAAUGGGAGAAACCUACAAUCAGCAAAUCCCAAAUAUUUUCCACUGUAGUGACCCGAAGAAUCUGCUGUUCACACUUUUUUUUUGUUGAGCCAGGUGUCCAAACAAUGUUGUAAAACCGAAUUGUGUUCUCCAGACAUUAUCCUUUGAAGAACAGAAUGCGUUACCAAAACAUGUCAUUAUGACUAUUUAUUGUAUCCCUUAGCUACUUGAAAUUCACCUGUACAUGUCUUUUUUUCCCCCUGGUGAAGACUGGUUGUAUGUGGCGUAAAAACAAAUUACACACUUCAUUGCUGUUGGUUGAAAUUGUGGUUCCCUAAUCCAUGCACCAGCUGUAAAAGUUGAUGCAGCAAAGCCAUGUGGAGAGAUUUGUAUGUUUCCAGCUGGCAUUUGUGAUGGUUGGGCUUAAUGGAAAGUUUAAAAAAAAAACGCAAACACACAAAAGAAAUUUAGUGUACAGUCUUUUUGAAAAAUUGCCUGUUGUACAGCUCUUUGCUUGAAAUAAUAAAUACUGUCUUCCAUGUUCUGGG